AUGGCAGCAUACACCCAGCAGGUCGUCAUCUGCACUGGACAGAGAGAUUGGGAGAGUCGCAUUGAGGACGAUGGCAAGGGUCAAAGCUGGGGAGAGCUAGUGAGAGGGUUGAAGAAGCUGAUGGGCCGUGGUGGGCGCUAUGCAGAUCCGUUCAAUAACGUCUUGGUUUCGAACUCGUCCUUUCCUUCGUCCUCCAAUUCUACCGCCUCGGCCUUUCUCUUUCCCCGAUUUAGAUACAUUCCCUCAAUCUCCGUGAAUGUCUCCGAGGAGCAAAAUGCGCAGACAGAUCUCGCAACGUUCGUCCGAGCCUUUCUUCUCCCGCAACAGCUGAAUCCUAUGCAAGAUUCCCUCCCCGAAUCCAAGAGGGCGAAAUUAACCCGCAAGCCUGAACUUGAGUCCAGUUUCCCAGGUGCCAUCGACAUUCAGUACUCUCCUGUUGUAUUGAUAUGCGGUCAUGGUGGUCGUGACAUGCGCUGCGGAGUCAUGGCACCUGUCCUUGAGAAGGAGUUCAGCCGCGUCUUACGUGCGCGGGGUUUCUCGUCCGCCGGAGGGGACGGUAAUCCCACUGACAGUCCCGAGCAUGCCCAUAUUGGGCUGAUCAGUCAUGUCGGUGGUCACAAAUAUGCUGGAAAUGUGAUUGUGUACAUUCCUCCCGGGAUGAAGGCAGGUGGCUCCCCUCAUCCGCUAGCGGGUAAGGGUAUUUGGUAUGGACGGGUUGAACCCAAGCAUGUUCAAGGCAUUAUAGAUGAGACGAUCAUGAGUGGAAGAGUGGUACUUGAUCAUUUCCGGGGUGGGAUUGAUCGCAAUGGUGAUAUCCUACGAGUAUAG